GGUCUUAUCGUAAUUAGCUCGUCUUACUUGGAACGAAAGGCAACUGGCAGGAUUCUAUUACCACUACGUAGCCGCGCCGCAUCAUACCCGGCAGUGAAGUUCUAAAGCAAGAUCACAUUAUAGUCUUGUAGCCACUCAUUAUCGCCCGUAGAGGUGUCGUCCACCGGUGGGCAUGUGCAAGCCGGCGAUGCGCUUCGGAGGCGCGGCCGUGGUCUUGGCGCUCGGCGUCCUAGCUCUGAUACACGGCGGCGAGGCAAGCUACCUCACUGGCACCAAGUUCCCGUUUGAGAAUUGUGUGCAAAACACGAUGUUCUCACGCUACUACGCGACUCUGUACUCCUACACUGAGAACAAGGCCAAGAAGUCGGCACAGUACUGCGUACAACUGCACUCUGCGCCCGCGGACUCGUGCACGCCCGGGAAAUACCGCUGUUGCAACACCCACAUUAACAAGCUCAAGUUCUUCCCGGCGCCCAACUGCCGCGGCUCGCUUUCAUCAGUCAGCAUCCAGAGCAAGAUGAUGAACCGCACUGGCAUUACCUCAAUCUACUGGGAGCAGCACAUGGGUUUUGACAUCGUGAAGAUCACGCCGCUCAUGCAAUGGCUGCCCAACGCCGACGCCGUGGACGGUGCGGUGGUGUGCAUCAACCUCCGGGCGCCCUGCUGGUCGCUGGCCAUGCUGUCGUACGACAAGGAGGUGCUGGAGUACGCGCUGUACGACAAAAAGGUCUCGAACUACGAGUGCUGUCCGGUUGGCAUGGUCGACGUGCCCCUCCCAAACAUGCCGCCUUGGGCUCCUGAGUACCCCGAAGCUGUCUCCAGCCCCACGCCCUCACCUUCCGGCAGCACCCCCAGCCCCGCCACAAACGACACGCCCACUCCCAGCCCGCGGCCUCCGAGCCCGCGGCCGCCCAGCCCCAAGCCCCCGAGCCCCCAGCCCCCCAGCCCCAAGCCCCCCAGCCCCAAGCCGCCCGCUCCCAGCCCGCCCAAGCGUGCUGGGCGCAAGCGCCCGCCUCCAGGCCCGGCCACCCGCCGGCACCUGAACGAGUGAAGAGGCGGCGGCCUGCCGAUGUUUGGAGUGAUGGACACGCAGAUAAGAGGUUCGGAGUAUGGGCAUGUCUGAGGUGGUCUGCAGGUGGACAUGCACGCCUUGCGUGUUUAGCCAAGGUCCGCUUAGGAGACCCAUUCAAUUAAGAACUCAAUCCCGCUGUAUUUGGCAGCUGUAUUUGGUGUGGGCAAGGCAGUGCAGCAUACAUCCUCUUCGCAGGCUGUCCUAGGCUAAGGAGUAGCAAUGACUAAAUAGCCAUAGUGAGAUGCGCUGCAGCCAUUGAUUCAUGCAGUGAUUUAUUGCUUUGGUUAAGGCUACGUUAGUGUGUUAUUAGCCCCUCAUAUAAUAGUACCGCGCCUGACGUUUAAGGCAACCAUAGAUGCCGUAGCAUCGAUACGUACGGUCGUGGCACACGAUGUGACUGGUGGGGAGCACGAGCGCUAUUGGCUUCUGGUGUACGUUGCGGCUAUAGAUACUGCGCCGCUGCUGAUCAGGCCGUUGUGAGAGGCCUAGAUAGCUCGGUUGCUGGUUGGAUAUCACGCCUUGCACCAGGUACAGUGGCUGCUUGCUUCGGGUGCAGGUGGUGAGGGACAGAGAGCGAGGGACACACGUGCUGGUUCAGCCUGGAAGUAGCUGAACACUUGCAGCCCAUCCGUACCCA